AUGUUGCACAAGCCAGUCACAGUUUCCUCGCGUUACUUUGUAGUGAGUUUCGUGUCGGAGCGUGCCGCUACUUUAAGCCCGGGUGACCCCUCCAUCUACUAUCGAUUGGCUACGACUAGCUGCUACCAGUCCAGUGGGCCAGACCAACACCGAGGUGCCUCCAACAUUCCUGACUCCACUUUCUCCAAUAAUUUGGCAGACCGCUUCCUCAGGUGGUUCCGGGCGGGGGACAGCGGCGGUGGCGGUGGCGGCGGCCGCGAACCGACUGCGGAACAUCCUCAAAUUCACAGGCGCAGGAGCAAAAGUCAGCCACCUCAGCUUCACCAGCGAAUUCAGGUGGUGCAAAUCGAUCCCAGGUGUAUGCAGGCUGCGUUUGAGACAAAUGCAACCAACGUGCCGAAACGCAAUGGCACUCUACAACACCAGCGACCCGACGCUCUGGUGUCUCCCGAUGGGCGUUUUCCCACAUCGGCCAGUCGACGAAGAGAACUUCCACCCGCCCCUUGUACCUGCAGUCACCACCACCAAUACCGCCAAACUACCCAGCAAAUUUCGCAAUCCUCCACAACCACUGACAAUCAGCAUCGCAGUCGUCUUCCGCGUUGGCUUUUUCCUUGCGGUCCUCACCAUAAACAUUCCCAUUCCCCACCCCCCUCUGGUUCUCUCUGUGUCGUUUCAGCCCGGUGUGAGGUGCCCCCGCCCCCUCCCCCUCGAAGCACCGCCAUAAAAUCGAAACCCCCUACUCGGAGCGUUGAGGUCCAAACCCAGCUUGAACCGCCACCACCUUGCUGUUGUGCUACUGCCGCCGCUGCCUCAUCUGAUAUCGAAUCAGCCCUUUGUGGAUUCGAAGAUCUCUCUGGAUGUUGUGCCGGACAACACAAACAACAUAUCAUGCUCCAUCACUAUCACUUCCACCACUACUAUCACUGCGAGGCCGAGCAACCGUCUGCCACGGAGCCGGCGGAUUCGCGGCCCUCGUCACCCCUCAUCAAACUCUCCGUCACUUGGCCACCAACCGCUGCGGUGCCGGAGGAGCGAGCGACGCCUCUGAUAAGAGAAGAGUGCGGACCCAGACAGGGAAGCCCAACAGUUGAGCAGGCAAUAGACGGUGACCCGCCUGCUCCAGUGUCGGACGCUCUGCGGGCUAUUGAAUCGGCAAAAGUUGAAACACCGACUGGAUCUUCUACCCUACCAAAUUUCAAAAUUGAUGAGCUAGAACAGAGAGAGAAAGAAGCGGCAGAAAAGGGUACGGUGAUUACUCCAACUCCAACAGCUUCUAUUGUGGACAUGAGCCAGAUGGACCAAAGAAGGAUCUUCUUGCAAAACAUUAACCAACUAAAACGAACUGGUUGGUAUUGGGGCCCGCUGACGAUAGAAGAAGCUGAGUUGUUGCUGAAAGACCGACCAAACGGCAGCUUCCUUGUGCGCGACAGUGGCCACGAGCUCUACAUAUUGAGCGUCAGUUUCCGCGCCGAGAAUCGCACUUACCACACGCGAAUCGAACAUACUGGCGGCAAAUUUAGCUUUGCUGUUCAAGGAGACGCUGACACCACAUCACCAAGCAUCGCUCAGUUUAUCAGCCACGUAAUUGCCGAAUCAGAACGCGGUCGCACUCGUUUCUUCCUGCGCCAAUCAGCCCUAACUACCUCCGCCAAUCAGCAGGCCGGAACAACAAGCGACCAGUCAGAAGACGAGAAUCGGCACGUCGAGGCGCGCCUCCUCUACCCCGUAUCCCGUUUCUUGGUGGUUCAUUCGCUGGCUCACCUCUGUCGGUUCGAAAUACUUCUUAAAGUACGCAAGGACCACAUUGACCUCUUACCACUGCCUGACUGUUUGAAGCAUUACCUUCAUGAGCGUCAAUACUACACGGAAUUUGUACAAGCCUACCUCGAGUCAGCAGGACACCUCCUACCCAAUACCUCCAGUGUCCAGGAAGAGACCGAGGUAGAAGACCAUGUCUAG